AUGACGUGCUACAUUUUAUUUCUGGGCCUAAUUUCUUUUAGUGAAGCUGUUUCUCUCAGCCAAGUACGUAUAGCGUGUGCAGCCGAUCCUAAACUUCCUUUUUGUGACUCUCAUGUAUUAGGCCAUCCCGUGCCUUCCACUGCCAAGCCGUUGCAGCCUUCUACAAAGCCUUCUAGUGUUAUGGAUCUUGGAAAAGAACUGCCUGGGUACACUAGAGAUGAGCAGCAACAGUUCUUCACCUGGCUCAUCGAGGAUCAAAAGGAUGAAGUAACGGACUCGGAUGUCGACACUGAGGAGCUCGAGAGCUCCCAUCAUGCACACGGAGACGUUGGCAAAUACUGUGCAAAGUACAAGCCAAAUUUCGAUCACUAUUGUAAAAAGGAUAAAUUGGAAAAGCUGGAUGGCAUAUUGCCACAAUUUUGCUCUGUCUAUAGAAGUCACUGUGGAGUUGAGGAUUUUCCAAAGCCUGGACCGCUGCUCGAAACGAAGCAACCAAGAGAAGAAGCGGCUGAAUCACCCAGGGAAGCCUUCACAGCAGCUCAUUUUCAACACAAGUUCAGAAGUUCACACACAAAAUACUGCGAAAACUUUUUGAAGCAGUACAGAGAGCUGUGUAAUGCAGGAAGCACUUUGGGAAAGGCAGAGGAGUUUUGUACAUCCUACAGAGACAGCUGUGAUAAACAGAUGUCCAAAUCUUCUUCCAGUAGUGCAUUUUCGAAAGAAAUCGGUGACAUAGAGGACGUUCCCGAGCAUGAAGAAGCUGGCGGUGGAGCACAACCCAGUGAGGAGAAGGAGGAAAAAGAUACAAGGAAGGACUCUCGUGUGGCCAGAUACUGCGAAAAGUACUGGGAGAACUUCAACUUUUACUGCGCUGGAGAAAGUACGUACGAAAACGAGAAAUUCUGCAGAUCCUACCGUACCAAUUGCCCUCAGAAAAUCAGCUCGUUGAAAGCAUCACCCUCAUUUUUGGGUGGAAAGGAGAAGGGAGGUGAGUUCGACGGAGAGAAUGUCGACAAUGGUGGUCGGCCAUCACUUUACCUUUACAAAGGCACCCGUGAAGAGUAUUGCAACAAGUUUGCCGUCAAUUACGAGUAUUAUUGUAAAGGAGAAAGCGACGAUCCACAAAUCACAGCGAAGUUCUGUCCGUCUUACAAGAAAGGAUGCAAGGACCACAUAGCAGGUCCUCCAAGCCCUUUUAACAGGCCCAUUCCUACGAGAUCAACAGGAAGAGGUCUGAUUGACGCAAACUUCCCAGACUUGGAAAGACCAGAGAAAGGGUCACGGAGAAGAGGACGGAAGAGGGCGGGAGUGAAAAGGCGCGCUUGCACAGCCGACUGCGACGAAAAAAUUUUUCCCCAUUGCACUCAAUCCUGCAAAUGUGACUACGCAUAUCCCUUCGUGCAGAAAUUCUGCAACCCUCCACCGUUACCGUUCUUCCUGAACACAUGCAGGUUAUGGUAUGGUGGAUGUCCCAAGUACGAGCGAUACCAUUACGCAUCUCAGUUUGUUUAUUCUAAAGCAGAAAAAGGCAAGAAAGUUGAGCUGCCGGCGAACUCGAAACCCUUCAGUGUUGUUUCGCCCAACGGUGAGCGCAUUCCGGUCGUAGUGCGACAGCCAGGAAUCAACACAGUUGCGAGGGACGAUCCAUUGCGUGAUACCGUCGACUGGGCUUCUCCGGUUAUUUUAAUUCCUGAAGAUUUCGAGCCAAUAGCAGAAAGGAUGACUCAUAAUGCUACAGAAGGUGGAAGGAAGGACUCAUUAAGUGGGUAUCAAUCAAAAGCAGGAACGACAUUUUCCCAAAAGGAUCGAACGCUCAAGGACGAUGCACAACGAGAUUCGAACUCUGGUGAUCGUGCGAAAGAUAUUCCGAUUGUUCCAAGUGACAGCGUUUUUUCGAAUGCUAUCCAGCAAUAUGGGGCCUUUACCGACAACAGCGGAAUUUUGCACAGACCUCGAAGCAGAUCUCCUUUCACAAAACCUGGGCUGUGGGAGGCCAAUCCGGACAACCCUCAUAACAGAGAUCAUGCCAACAAAUGGUACUACCAUCCGGAGUCCGUGAAUAUUGAUUGGCUUGGUGGACAGCUGGCGUGGGGUGCUCACUGGGCAGUACCAGCAGCCGGAGUUGGCGGCACCGACGGCUUCAGUACAGUUCACUUUCCUACUCUAGUUCCGCACAAAGUUUUUUGGAUGACCUGA